AUGGACUUUGGCAAAAUGGACUUCACGACACUCUUCAGAAGCAACCUGUCCGCCAUGGCCGAGACUAUGACUGGCGGAAAGUCUUACACGAGUAGCAACAAGAUGGUAGAGAGCCUCCUACCCAUGCUUGGAGGCCAGUUCAACCCUGUUGUCCGCUCCGUUAUGUUCCUGUACCAGAUGAUCGGCUCGAAUCUGGGUAUCGACCCAACUGUCAUCCUGACCCUGGCUGGUUUCUUUUGGGCCGCAAACCGGGUCGCUCGACAACUGUACGGCGCCGGAUUCCGAUUUAUUCAGGAUAACUUCAUGAGCUCUAUCCAUAUCGCGAGUACCGACGAAAUCUAUGGUCAUAUGAUGAAGUGGCUGGCACUACAGCCGCUUAUGGCCAGCUCAAGAUCGUUGACAGCCGAGACUAUCAGCAAAACGGCAUGGGAAGAGGAAGAAGAACUUGAAGCCCUACAGAUGAGGACGAUAUCAGGAAGUGGCGAUAGUGAGGUUAAGUACCUCAACUUUUCCAAUCAGGAAGCCAAAGCUCCUCCAAGAUAUGUGCCAGCAGUUGGUGUCCAUGGUUUCUGGUUUAGGGGUCGCUACUUUCGGCUCCACCGUAAACAACAGAGCGUCUUCGAUGGCGCAGAGGCCUACGGAACUUUUAAAAAAGAGGAAGACCUUAUAGUGUCUUGUUUCGGUCGGGAUCCAGAGCCCAUUAAGGAACUACUUCGGUUCGUUAAGGAGUUCUACUACUCAGAUCACUACGCCCGUACAACUAUCAAGCGCCCUAGCCCGCAACCUUUACGCCGGUACGGCGGCCGGCAUAACUGGGCUCAAGUUGCCAACCGCCCCGUCAGACCUAUGCGUACUGUCGUCCUCGAUCCCAAGCAGAAGAGUCAGGUUUUGGCCGAUAUGAACGAAUACCUCCACCCGGCCACCCCUCGCUGGUACGCCAACCGUGGCAUUCCGCUUCGACGAGGUUAUCUCUUUUAUGGACCGCCUGGAACAGGCAAGACAUCUCUUUCGUUUGCUCUCGCCGGAGUCUUUGGCCUUGACAUUUUUGUCAUCUCACUCCUUGAACCGACCCUUACAGAGGAGGACCUCGGCAACCUCUUCAACUCAUUGCCACGCCGCUGCGUUGUAUUGCUCGAAGAUAUCGACACUGCAGGUCUGAGCCGUGGUCCGGAUGAAGAAGUCGAUGAUGUUGUCCCUUCCCAGACCACAGAAGAUAAGGACAAGGACGCUACCAAGGCGGAUGGCGACAAUACUACCAAAAACGAAGAACGGUCUGGCAGGAAAACAACCAAAGAGGAUUGGAAGGUAUCAGACCUUGCACGAGCCCUCAAGAAAGAAGCAAAAGACGAUAAAAAGGGUAUCUCACUGUCUGGCCUUCUUAAUGCUAUUGAUGGCGUUGCCUCGCAAGAAGGCCGCAUUCUUGUUAUGACAACGAACAAGCCAGAGUCUCUUGAUGAAGCCCUAAUUCGACCUGGCCGUGUAGAUUUGCAAGUAGGCUUUACAAAUGCUACACAGGCGCAGGCGACGGAGCUCUUUCAGCGCAUGUAUGAAGCCGAUGGUGCGGCUCCCGCUAAGCGUGUAGACGGCCACCUCGCUCCGCCCGCGAACCCUGCGCCGACUGUUGUCAAAAUGAGUUCCUCUGCUUCCGCGUCUGAGUCUGGAUCUUCUACUCCUUCGCGAUCUUCGUUUACUCCACGAGAGGUUGUCGCCGCAGCAGUAGUGGAGGCGGAACAGAAGCACUUGUUCGACACGGAAGAGUUGGCUCGUAUUGCGGACGAAUUUGGCGCCCUAAUCCCGAAUGGGCUAUUCAGCCCAGCUGAGAUUCAGGGAUUUUUAUUGAAGCGCAAGAAGGAUCCUAGGAGGGCGCUGAGGGAGACUGCUGAGUGGGUUGAAGGGAUGCGUGUGCAAAAAGAAAACAAGACAAAGGUCCUCAAGGUUCAGUGA